UUCCAUAGCACUUUACAUUGCAAUUCAGUAUGCCGUGCAUGUGCCCUCAGCUUCGUGCCUUGAUGAGCCAUGGCACCGUGUCCAAUCCUUUGUGCCCUUUGUGUUGGAAUCUCGGAGUACAGCUGUAGGGACCUCUCCAACCUUCCAGGGGCUUGACGGGAUGCUGAACGCUUCGCAGUCUUUCUGCGUGGGAGGGAGCUCCCCGCCGAAAGGCUGUAUCUUUUGUUGGACAGAGUGACAAAAAGAGAUCUGGAACAGAAGAUUAGUGAGUUUAUGCAGCUGAUAAGAUCCAGCUUCACCGGAGCUACGUAUCAUUUGGUGGUUAUUUUCAUCGCAGCCCAUGGAAGACAUCCCCACAGCAGCGAACUUCCUGCUAUAUUACCUUCAGAUAUACAGUCUCCUGACUGUGAAGAUGGGUUUGUAGACUUGGACCGACAGCUUUUGUUACCUCUUGACUCCACCAAAAGCCAGAAGCUUAAGGUUUGGCUCGUUGUUGACACAUGCCGGGAUAACCACAGCAUUGGUACUUGGACUGGGAACGAGCAGCCACCGCUCCGACGUUCGCGUUGGAGUUCGCAAACUGACUUCCAUAUCCUCCUUGCCUGUGACCGUGGUCGCUUUGCGAAAGAUGAUCAGUCCUUGGCAGAUUGCCUGAUCCAUUCUCUGGAUGAUCCUGGAAAGGACUUGGAAGAUGCCUCAAAAGAGGCGCAAAGCCGAAUUGAAAACGCUGCGGAAGGCAACGGCCUUGGAGAAAUUCACGUGGCGACUUUUCGGGGGUUCUUUUGCCCAAACCAAAUGCAGAAGCUUUAUGUCUACCUCUGAGAAUGGCUGAGUGGUUGAUGCUGGCCACUGGAGUGCUUGCUGCAACUGUGGUUAUCGUCAUGUUCUGGAUUCUUUUGCAAUAUGUUGACAUGACAUGCACUGUGCGCUCUGGCCGGCACACUUCAGGGUGCCCUGACAAUUCUUGCUUUUGUUCCGACUGCGACCCCUGUAACAUGUAUUUGGCAGACAGGCACGAAUGGCAGUGGCAGCACUUCCAUUGCGACUUCUUUGGGGUGCCGCUGAACCGCUGCUGGCUGGCACUUAUCAUGAAGGUGUGGUGGAUGGGUGCAAGCUCCCGCUUGGGAUGGAUUACUCUUCGACACUCUGGGAGCGACCCAGGGCAACUCCUGCUAGUCGUCAUUGCAUGUGGCCUGAGUGUAGCCUCUGGCAUUUCUUUGCAGCCUGGUUGGCUGUCGCAGAGCACGAAACUAAUCAUGAAUUCUUUGAAGUACAAUAUUAUCAACACCUGUUUGCUCGCUUCAUCGAUUUGCAUUGUGUUCAGAUCGGCUUCGUUGCAGCCGCAGCUAGGAUGUUGCGGUCGAGCAUUUGACAUACUAUCUCGGCAGCUUUUACGAAGUUUUUUUCCUGCUGCUUUGCUUGGGGAGUCUUGUAUCCUGGUUCUUGCGAGGUCCAGGGAAUCCGCGGAGGAAUAUAUCGAACAAGAAAACAAAUUCUAUUUCUUGUACUUGGUGCUUGGUGUGUUCUUUUCGUGGGUCGCGUGGAGGUUGGCCCGCGGAACUUCGCCCAAUUACAACGGCCGUGUCCGUUUGAAACUAAAAGGGGUUGUUUGGCGACUUCUAAUCGUAAAGAUGAUCUGGUGCACGUGCCGCUGCCUACAUUGGCUCCUGACUUGCAAUGACUUGCGUACGCUGCCAGACAAAUACAACCUGUUGAUGAUUCUGGUUGAACGGCUGGCAGCUCUAGAGGUCUUGCAGCUGAUCCAGCGCUUUAUGGUGCUUUAUACUCAACUGGAUCAACUGCCGGUCUUUUGAGCACAAUCUUGCCUUUCAGGUUGCCAAAGACGGUUUGCCCCUGGGCAGCCCCUCCCAGCCUGAAAA